AUGCGCGCCUCUCCUGCCGCCUUCCUGCUGCUGGUCGUUGCCCUCAUCGCCGGUCAGUGGUCAAGGCAAUCCCUUGCUCUUCUCAUUUCUGCAAAGCGUACGACAGUGCAGUUAAUGAAGGUUGAUGCAAGGAUUGCACUAGAGACCACCGCUGGCAGCCCCGGCGCCGGAAGCACCAGCGCUGGCAGCAGCAGUGGGGUGUCAGAGCUGCGCGUUACCACAACGGUGGAGGUGGGUGCGGCACGGCUGAGCUUCAGCAAGCAGCGCUGCGUGAGCGUACCCAGGAAGGCGACGCGAAAGAACGUGCAAGUGUGGUGGAAGGGCCGCGUGGUGGCUUCUGGCAGCACCGCCGGGGGUGUGUCGUGCGCGCAGGUGAAGCUGUUCAAAAAGGGCGGCUGCCAGGGCAAGGAGGUGGAUUCUAUGGUCAACCCCAACUCCACUGCGCCCAUGUUCCCAAGCACAAAGAAGAGGCUCCGGCAGGGUGCUUCCGUGGCAUCUGUUCUCUGCGCUGCUCCCGAGCAGCCCAAGGAGGAGCCGCAGCCGCAGCCGCAGCCACAGCAACAGCCGCAGCCGCAGCCGCAGCCGCAGCCGCAGCCGCAGCCGCAGCCACAGCCGCAGCUGCAGCCAAAGGACGAUCCUGCCUGUGUGGCGCUGGGCUGUGAGCCUGAUGGCAAAUGUGAGAAGGAUGGAAAUGGCGAGCGCUACUGCAAGUGGGACUCACCGUGUGGCACGUGCCCCACGGGAGGCACGUGCAAGAGUGUGAAGGCAUCCAACAGUGACGUGCAGGUGCCGUACUGCGAGUGCCCGCAGGGCUAUGGGAUGACCGCCACCGAAUGUGUUCACGGUGGAAUCUCUACAGUCGGUACCGACAGCUACACAUUCAUUGAGAAACGAAGCGCCAAGGACAAUACCUCUCGGCCCUACACCUCUCGCUUCAACCUGAAUGGCUGCACGAAGCUCCCAGCUGCAGCUGGGCCGGCCACCACGUUUUCUUAUGUUCGUAGCAUCAACGACUCUCCGAAUUGCCGCAAGAUGUACCAUUACCGUACAGACAACUGUGAAGGCCAAUUUGUUGCUGUGUCUUCCGGAGACGUACCGUUUUUGUCAUACUCUUAUGU